AUGCCUGCCCUACGACCACAACUUCGUCGCUCUGCGCAACUACAGAUACAGUCUCAAAUCAUCUCCCCGCGACGUUGCAAGACCGGGCUGAAAUUUAUGGAGCCACCACCAGCUCCUCCUGCACGGGGAAAGGGAAAACGUGGCAGAGGAGGUAAAGAUAGAGCUACUACUUCUCCUACUAUCUCUAUCAGCUGGCAAGCGGUUCCCCAGCGGACCAAUAGGCUGGUUGACUACCUCAUUGGACACCCACCAGAUUGCCGCAUUCUGUUUGCCAGUGAAAAGAAGAAUCCAGCCAACCGUGAAGCUGAGGGCCGCCCCUCAGGCAAAGACAAAAAAGAAAUCCAUGCUGUCAUUGCAAAGGUUAUUUUCUCCGACGAUCCUCAAUACGCAGUGCUCUACGCCUUGAAUCCCAACAAAUUUCGGGACUCUGUAUAUAAUCGCAUCGUGGUCCUCCACACUAAAUUUCAUGACAUUCGUGCUGAAUUUGAGUCCAUGGGUGCAGGCAUCGUGCCCAUCGAUUCAGAGACAAGCGUAAAUUUGCAUCGUAAAUACGAGAAGGACUUUCCCUGGUACGAUCAGCUCUACUCCAUCUGGGGCUCCCAUCCAUCAUUCUCUGCCAAAAUGUCAUCGUCAAAGCUGGGCGUUGAUCACAUGAGUGAUCUCUUUUCUCUCACCCGUCCUUCAGGUGGCUCUCUUCGUCCCCCUGCUUCCUCCAGCACUGAUCCUGGCUCUCCCAUGCAACUUGGCAACAUGCCUCUCCCAAAUGCUCCAGCUGGCGGCGUUGCUGGGUCAUCAACUGGACCCACUUAUGACUACCUUCCUCCAAACGCUCAUGCAGGUGGUGCCACAGCCGCAGCACCACCUACCUCCCCCCAAUUUUAUCACACUCCCCCUGCUCCAAAUGCUCAUGCAGGUGGUGCCACAGCUGCAGCACCACCUACCUCCCCCUUUUGUCACACUCCCCCUGCUCCUGGAGGCAGUGGUGGUAGCCCUUCGCAAUGGAACUAUGUGCCACCGCCACCAAGCACUCACACCAACAGUUCUGCCGGGUCCCCUGUUUUUUGUUACCCACCGCUUCCCUCCGGUGCUACAUCUCACGAUGGUACUUACUCUCCCGUCGCUCAUUCCCCUACUGAUGAUUAUAAUUUUGACGGUAUCUACGAUGACAACCCUCUUGCGGGUGAGAUGGAGGAUCUUAAUAUGGAUUCCCUGGAUAAAAUUAUUCAUGACGACAGCAACACGAUCAGCCUGGACAGCCUGCCAAGACGCAGGGCUGGGAAGAAGCGCCAGGAGCCCCCUUCCCCCCCCUCCCCUACUACUACCUCUCAUACGCAACAGGUGCCCCCCCUCACUUCUGUCCAGCAUGAUCGCGCUACAUUCAAGUCGCAUGUUAGCCAGGUGAUGAUGCAUGAAAAGAGUAAAUCGGGCUCUAUGGCAUCAUCAGGGUCGCGCUCAUUGUCGCACUCUCGAAAGCCAUCAUCAUCUCACGAGCCGUCAUCACAACAGUCCUCCCCAACAGCGCAAACAUCUGUCUCGACGACGCCAGCAAGUUCAGUCUCCAAACGUCUCCGGACAGAGAUUUGCAAGCAAAUGGAUGCACUCAAUGACGACCUGGAAAGUAUUCACUCUGACAAGCUAACCUUAUAUCAGCUGAAGAACGAGCGCCUUAUGGUGAAGCUCAACGCUAGUCGCCAGGACAAGGAGCAUCGUCUGAUGCGUGAGGAGCAUAUGGAUGAGCGCACAGAUGCUGCCAUAGUCCAUCAGCGCAUGAAGGAGGCUAAAGAGGUAGAUAUUUGCCUACGUGAAGCAGAUGCCGCUGCUUUUGCCUCGGAAGCAGAUGUUCUAUGCCUCCGGAUUCAGUGGGCCCAGCUCAAUGCCCAGGGUGGCAAACCUGCUGGUACCUGA